UUCUGUCCCUUACAGACCGCAUGGAGGAGCGGGUUGCAACGCUUGAGGAGGACCUCAAGAUUGCCAAGAAAGCCAUAGCGCUAGCACCAAGUGGGGGUGAGAUGGUUGCGGGUCAGUCCAAACUGAAAGUUCCAGAGCCAAAGCCAUUCGGAGGGAGCCGUAACGCGAAGGAGCUGGAGAAUUUUCUGUGGGACAUGGACCAAUACUUCAAGGCCGCACGCGUGGCUGAGGAAGAGCAGGUAACCAUCACUGCUAUGUAUCUUGCAGGGGACGCCAAGCUUUGGUGGCGCACACGUAUGGAGGAUGACGCUAGUGCGGGCAGGCCAAAGAUUGAGUCAUGGGAAGUCUUGAAGCGGGAAUUGAAAGAGCAGUUCCUACCGCAAAAUUCAGCAUGGGUAGCAAGGGAGACGCUGAAGAAACUGAAGCACACGAGUUCCGUGCGGGAAUACGUGAAGGAGUUCAGUUCGUUGAUGCUGGACAUCAAGAACAUGAGCGAAGAAGACAAGCUAUUUAAUUUUGUUUCAGGGCUACAGCCCUGGGCACAGGCUGAGUUGAGGAGGCAGAAGGUGGCGGAUUUACCUUCAGCCGUAGCUGCCGCAGACGGCUUGGUGGACUACAAACUAGGGCCGUCGUCUUCGAACGCGGGUGAGAAGAAAAAGGGCAGAAGCGAGAGGAGGAGGUCUCCUCGAAAAUAUGGCAAAGAGGGCUGGAAGGACAGGAGGAAAAGAGAAGCAGAACCAUCAAAGCAGAGGGGUCCGGAUCCAACCCCGAGCAGACAAGGUGGCGGGUGCUUUCUUUGUGCUGGACCGCAUCGGGCUAGGGAUUGCCCAAAGCGGGAGCAGCUGUCCGCUCUCGUUGCACAGGAGGAAAAGAGCACUGAAGAUGAGAACCCAAGGCUGAAUCCCAUACAGCUACUGAACGCCGUGACAGCCGAGCAACCAGCCGCGUGCAAGGGGUUAAUGUACGCGUGGGUGGAGGUGAACGGGCAGCAGGUGCGUGCAAUGCUGGACACGGGUGCCACGAAUAAUUUCUUGGCACAGCGCGUGGUGGGGAAGCUAGGAGUGACCAUGGAAAAGUGCUCAAGCAGAAUAAAGGCGGUAAAUUCCGCGUCUCAGCCAAUAUUGGGCACUGCCGCUUCACGGGUGAAGAUGGGUGCAUGGGAAGGCGAGUGCACGUUUAUGGCAGUACCCUUGGAUGACUUUGAUCUCAUCCUUGGCCUCGAUUUCUUUGUGAAGGCCAAAGCCGUUGCCAUGCCACAUCUAAAUGGGGUGAUGAUUAUGGAUGAGCAGCAGGCGUGUUUCGUCAAGGCGGAUGCAAACGUUAGGAGCGCAGAGCGCGUAGCGCUGCAGUCUGCCGCACAGGCGUGCGCGGGUCUGGAGCACGUAGCGCUGCAGUCUGCCGCACAGGUGUGUGCGGGUUUGAAGCGCGGAGAGGAGCUGGUGAUUGCGGCACUGGUGGAGAUCAAGGAGGAUCACACCAUGGACGUGCCGGAUUGCGUGGCAGAGGUGCUGGACCGAUACGCAGACAUGAUGCCCGCGGCGUUACCCAAGACGUUGCCGCCAAAGAGACGUAUAGACCACAAAAUUGAGCUGGAGCCAGGAGCAAGGCCGCCAGCACGCGCACCAUACAGAAUGGGGCCAAUGGAGUUGGAGGAGCUGAGGAAGCAACUGGAUGAGCUGCUGGACGUUGGGUUCAUUCAGCCCUCAAAGGCACCAUAUGGAGCGCCGGUCCUUUUUCAGAGGAAGAAGGAUGAAACGCAGAAGAAGUUGUCAGCCAAACAAGCACGUUGGCAAGAGUUCCUAGCCGAGUACGACUUUGAGUGGGUGCACAGAGCAGGGAGCGAAAACAGAGUGGCAGACGCGUUGAGCCGCAAGGAGGUGCACGCGUAUGCAGCCGCGUUGAUGCUGAUUCAGUCAGACUUCCUCGAGAAAUUGCGGGUGCAAGCAGAGGAAGACGCGGAGUACAAACACUUGAGAGAACAAGUGGAGCAGGGUGUUGUGCGCAAGUAUUGGCUUGACAGAGGGCUGCUCUAUGCAAAAGGGGGCAGGCUGUACGUUCCCAAGAGCGGGGGACUAAGGCAAGGAUUAUUGAAGGAAACGCAUGAGCCACAAUGGGCAGGACAUCCAGGCGUGGAAAGGAUGGUGGCGCUGCUCAAGAGACACUAUUGUUGGCCAAGGCUGGAGGAAGACGUGGAGCUGUACGUACGCACGUGUUUGGUGUGUCAACUGGACAAGACCGAGCGGCAGAAGCAAGCGGGUCUGCUACAGCCACUUCCUAUACCCGAGAGGCCAUGGGAAUCGGUGUCUAUGGAUUUUGUGAGCGGGUUUCCGAAGGUGGACGGGAAAGGAUCUGUUUUGGUGGUAGUCGACAGAUUUUCCAAAUAUGCAGUGUUCAUUGCCGCCCCACAGACGUGCCAAGCGCAAACAGCAGCGGAGUUGUUUUUCAGACACGUCGUGAAGAUUUUUGGACUACCAAGGGACAUCAUAAGUGAUCGAGACGCGAGGUUCACAGGGAAAUUCUGGACGUCAUUGUUUAAAAUGAUGGGUUCCGAGCUAAAAUUUUCAACAGCAAAUCAUCCACAGACCGACGGGCAAACAGAGCGCGUAAAUGCUUUGUUGGAGGAAUAUUUGCGGCAUUACGUCACCGCAAGCCAGCGGAAUUGGGUAGAGCUACUGGAUAUCGCUCAGUUCAGCUACAACGUGCACAAAUCAUCAUCCACGGGGAUGAGUCCAGCGGAGGUAGCGCUAGGACAGCAGCCGAUGACACCAUUGGAGGUGGCUAAGCAGAAAACGCAGGGAGAGUGCCCAGCAGCGUACAGAUUUGCACGUGAGAAGACUGAAUUGAUUGAGGAAGCGAUGGACAGCUUAUCCAAAGCCCAGCGGAGGAUGAAGAAGUAUGCGGAUAAGCAUAGGAGAUCAGUGGAGUUCCAGGAGGGAGACAUGGUGCUGCUGAAAUUAACGCCUCAGAUUUGGAAGAAGAUCACAGACCGGAGGUACCAUAAGGGACUGGUGCAGCGGUAUGAUGGGCCGUUUCAGAUAAUCAAGCGGGUUGGAGCAGUGGCGUAUAGGCUUCAAUUACCGGAGCGCUUGAAGAUACACCCCACGUUUCACGUGAGUUUUCUCAAGCCAUAUCAUGAGGGUGAUAGAGCUCAAGUGAGGAGAGCACCACCCAUGGUGAGGAAGGACAUUGAGAAGAAGCUUGCAAAAGUUUUAGACAGAAGAACUUUGGGGGAGAGCAAGAAAAACCGGCGUGUGGAAUACUUGAUCCAGUGGGAAGGAGAAAGUGACGCCGACGCAACGUGGGAGAGAGACGUGAACUUGUGGCAGUAUGAGGACCAAAUAAAGGCUUAUUUGGAGACCCACCUGACGAGGGCGUCAGGCUCUUCCAGUGGGGGUGGGUUUGUCACAGGGUAUCAGCCAUGAUACGCGCUGGUGCCAACCUGCGUGCUGGGUGACGCAGGAAGCCUGCGUGCGGAGUAGCGCAGGGAGACGUACAUGCGCGGGUGCGCAUAGCGGCACUUCCAGUUGGUGCUGGGAGGAUCAUACAAGGACCAAGUCAUGCACAAGGAAAUGCGGAGGCCACAAGCCAGACGAGUGCGCCAUGAGGAGAGUGGGCUGCAAGGACGUGCAAUGCGCGGGUGAACAGUGCGCGCGCACAGGCAGACGCAGCACACUGGCACAGGCAGACGCACACGCAGACAGACGCACGCGCACUGUAGCGCGCGCGCACACUGUAGCGCGCACGCGUACUGUAGCGCGCACGCACAGGAAAGCUGGCAGAGUGGAGCAGACUUGCGUGCAAACUAACCAAGGGAUGGAGCGGCAGUCUUUGCGGGCCUUGACACUUGCGGAAAGGCUUUGGGCUUGGAUGGAGAGCAUCACCAUGGGCUGCUGGGUUAGUUAGAAUCAGUGUUUCACUA